AUGAGGGCGGUGAAGACAUUUUUGCACAUACAUUGCAGUUCGUGGGAGAUGGUGACACCUUGCGCGGGGGGCGAGCGUGUGACCUACGAGGCCGAGUGGGACGACCGAAAAGGAAAAUAUCGAGCAUCAACUUGGACGGUGGAUGCGAGUGGUGCGGGAGCGGCCAUGCUGCCGGGAGUCUUGAAGAAGUACUUCACCGACAAAGGCUUUGGCUUCAUCGAGCCUCAGGACGGUAGUGAAGACCUCUUCGCACACCAGCGGCAGUUCAGCGGGGACCCCAACAGCAUUCAGGAUGGAAUGAAGGUCAAAUAUGAAGUUGAAUGGGAUGGUAAGAAAGGCAAAAACAAAGCAGGACCGGAUCUUGGUGUGCUGACAAUGGUUUCGGCGGCGGCGGCGGCUAUGGCGGUGGUGGCUGCGGUGGCGGCGGCGGCUAUGGCAUGCAGCAGCCAAAUUAUGGCCAACCCAUGGGUGGCUGCCCACAGUAUGGGGCCCCUCAGCAGGGCGGCUACGGCCCCAUGGGCGGCGCACCGGGGCCCGAUCCGCGCUACGCUCCCUACGGGCAGCCUCAGCCCAGUUACGGAGGACCUGCGCCUGGAGGCCUGCCACCCGGCUGGGAAUCUGCACAAGACCCUGCCAGAGACCAGUUGGACUCCGCCUGCCGCUCCAGCGGCACCCCCGCCAGCACCGGCCAUGCCGUCCCUACCACCCGGUUGGGAAUCAGCACAAGAUCCUGCCAGCGGCAAGACCUACUACUUCAAUCGUGCGACCAACGCAACCUGGAAUGAGAUUCCUCGGGCAGUUGGGGAAAAACAGGACCAAGGUCUGAGGUAA